AUGAAUCCGAACUAUCCUUCGGGCCUCAUAGGAUACGGAUGGAAUACAGGCCAAAAUGUCACUCCUGCUCCACGAUGGGAACAACCUCAGAUUGGAUUCUGCUUUGAUUCACCAAAUCCUCCAGCUCCUGAAGUUCAUCCACCUAUUCAAAAUCGUGGUGUAGUCGGUUUCAAUAUUGAUCAAGUACCGGUGAAUCCACCUUCAACAUACUCUUUCCCUGCUAACAAUCCUCAAUGCCGUAUAUCUGAAGACAGUUUCCGUAAUAGUAUCCCACCACCAAGACCAAGUAUUCCUCCUCCUACCAUUGGAUCCAAUUCACCGAAACCAUAUGGUGGAAAUGAUGAAUAUAGGUCAGUUACCCCAACAGCUCCUCCUGAACCUUCACCUAUACCUAUAACUUCUAGUCCGAGUAGUGAAGCAGUACACGUGAUUACAAUCAGCAAACCUGACCCUUACAAAUCUCACACAAAUACGAACACCACUACGACUACUUCGACAACUAAUAGUAGUAGCGGUCAAAUGAAUCGACGUGACAGUUAUAAAGAUUCACUCAAAGAUAUGGCUGCAUUGAUGACUGAUGUUGAAUUAACCGAUGAUGUGAUCAAUGGUAUGCGUAGACGUUUCGAUUUAGAUAGAUAA